GCCGACUGCCUCUGCUCCCCCCAGGACAAGGAGAAGAAGAAGAAGGAGAGUAUCCUGGAUCUCUCCAAGUACAUCGACAAAACGAUCCGAGUGAAAUUCCAGGGCGGGAGAGAAGCGAGUGGUGUCCUGAAAGGAUUUGACCCUCUUCUGAACCUUGUGCUUGAUGGUACCAUUGAAUACAUGCGAGAUCCAGAUGAUCAAUACAAAUUAACAGAAGACACACGUCAGCUGGGACUUGUGGUUUGCAGAGGGACUUCUGUGGUUCUCAUUUGUCCACAGGAUGGAAUGGAAGCUAUUCCAAACCCUUUCAUUCAGCAGCAAGAUGGCUAAUGCUUUCUUUUGAUUGUCCCUGAAGACUUCAAGGGUGCAAAUCAUCUGAGAAGAUUAUCAGUGUGUGAGAAGCUUCCUGUUUUGGGGGAGGAGAUUGAGUGUGUAUUUGUUAGUGUGAGAGAACAGUCAACUUUUGUUUUUGUGGCUUUUCAUAAAUGAUGAGAGGAUGGGGCAUGGUGUGUAAGAAGUAAGUUCUGAUUUUUUUUUUUAAUUUCCUUUUUCACACCAAAUAAAUGUGUAACUACAUCGUUUAGAGCUGACAAGAGAGAAUAUAUUGUCAUGGAGUUGUCUGAGACCCUCUUCAUCUUGAGAGUUUUGAAACAACCACGCAAAAUUAGUAAAGAAUGCCCUGAAUAUUGGUUAUAUUAUUUACGUUUUUAAAUACAUUUAAAAUGUAUUUGAUCUAAAGCCUAAAUACAUUAGAACACGUUUUCCUUCCUCUUAGAUGUCAGUACUCAGCUGGGAAGCAUUGUGUUGUAGUUUUCCUGCUGUUCA